AUGAAAAAACGACGAGCGUCCCUCGAUAUUCAUAAUCUCAGUAUUAGUCAUCAUCGAGUAUUGCCAUCAUCAUCCUCACCAUCCUCCAAUAAUUCCGCGCACCCAAAUAUGAAUUCAUCACAACCACCACUUAAUGAAGAGGAUGAAGAGGAUUAUUCACCAACAAUCACUACCACCACGACAACAACGACCAGUUCUAACAACAGCUCUAAAAAUCGUAAAACCAUGAUGAAGAAUACUAAAUCUAAAAGGAAAAAAGAAAUGGUUUUGAAUAUUUGUCCUCCGAGUAGUUUAGGUCAUGACUCAUUGGGUGAUGAUGAUAUGGACGAGAAUGGAAAUUUCAAUGUCUCUCAGCCCAGAUCUGCUCUGUUGCCACCGAGCAUUGAUUAUUUUGCUGAGGAUGAAGCACCAUGUCUUUCACUACCUGAUGAUGCAGAAAACAUCAUUAAAAGAGACAAAGCUCUCACGUUAUCAGAUAUUGAAGAGAUUGAAAAGCAAUAUCAGGAUAAAUCGGUUGGAGAACUGAAUGUCCUCCUAUGUGAGACAAUUAAGGAGGUACCAUUUUCUGAAAACUUUUUCAACAGUACUCUUUCCAAAUGCCUUCGAACAUUGAAUCUAUCCGGAGGUCAUUUAGAAACUGUAGAUCUUAUUUUUUAUUUCAAAUCACUUCCCUUUUUGCGAGAGAUUAGUUUUUCGAAUAACACAAUUACGGAACUUGUACACAGUGAUUAUUUAAAUGAUUCGAGACGAGUGAAAGAAUUGGAAAAAAUUCUACCCAAAUCUCUGAUAGAAAUUGAUCUUUCAUGGAAUUACAUUUCACAAUUUCCUUCUCUUGAUCUGGUUACACUUCUUCAAAAGAAGGGAAUUAAAUUUGACAUUCGAUUCAAUUGUAUUAGUGAGCUGCCAAAGGAAUUUUUAUAUGAGGCUGAUGAAGCCCUUAGUGACUCUGAGUAUUCUAAACCAAAAUCUAAAACAACAUGCAAAUUCGUUGCACUCAAUCAUAACACCUUAUUCGAUCUCAGAAAUACCAUUCCAAGCAAAAUUUUAGACAAUCUCUAUGUGGGUUCUAUGCAAUCGGCGAAAAAUGUACAUUUACUCUGCAAUGUCCUAAAUGUCAAGUAUGUCCUCAAUGUUUCAAGUUUUAUCAUGGAAUCGGAACCAGGAUUCAGAGGAAAAAAGUACGAAGAAUUUUUUGACAAAGUGCUCUCUUUAGAUGUUCUCGACGACAGUCAUCAAGACAUCAUUGCCAUUCUCGAUGAUUGUUUUAAAUUUAUUGAUGAAGCAAGGAAAGAAAAGCAAGUUCCCGCGCUUGUGCAUUGCCAGGCUGGACAAUCGAGAAGUGUCUCAAUAGUAAUUGCCUAUGUAAUGCGUGAAUUGAAAUUCAAUUUUCAACAAGCAUUUGAUCAUGUGAAAGAGUGUCAUACUUUUUCCCAGCCCAAUGUUAAUUUUCAAAUGCAAUUAGCAUGUUUCUGCCCAAAACAACAAGGAGAAAAAUAG